AGGUCCCAACCUGACACCUUGUCUGUCCAUUUCUGCUGCUUGAGCCACUGAGUUCCGCCAGCACUUUGUGUUCUGCAAAGAUUCUCCAAGCUUGAUUCCAAGCGGGGAUACCUGUACUGUAAGUGCACACCUGGGGAACAUAGGAGGCCCAUGGUCAGACCCAUACUUCUCCGGUGCCUCCUCAACGACCUGUGCUUUUCUCUCAGUGAAGUUACCGUCAGAUUUCCCACAGCUGAUGAGGUAACCUUCCCCUACCCUGCCUGUCAAACCGUGAUGUCACAGUGACCAGAUCUGUCUGACCCCCAGCAUCAAAACCAAGGUCACCUGGUGUCUACAGAGAGCUGAGAUUUGGUUAUCAAACAUCAUUAGCAGUGGAACAAAACCACUAACCUGUGGAGCAGAUCAUGCAGAUAUAUAACAGGAGAAAUAAUUAAAGAAAUAAACUCAGAUUAUUUAUUCACCCUGAGGUUGGUGUGCCUACAAAAUAAUGCAAAGCUUCUUAGACAUUGCUCCUUUAUCGUUCAAUUCUUCCCGGUCCAGUUCCCCGUCAAUCACGACAAUUCUUGCAGAGAUUCUCAGAACUGAAAAGAUGUGACUUCUCUCCAGAUUUCAAAAUGUGUUUCCCAUGGCCACGUCUAUAAAUGGCUGCAGGGUUCAUGACGCCUUCAAAAACUUCACAAUUGCAAAUUAUUACAGCACUGGUGUGAACUGGUUUACACAUACAGCUACCUCGCAAUAAAUUGGAAAAAAACAUGGCCAUGCACCAUGUCUGGAGACACAUUUCUGACAGAGUUAGGAUAUAAGCUAGGGAAGACCAUUGGUGAAGGCAGUUACUCCAAAGUUAAAGUAGGCAGUUCCAAGAAAUACAGGGAGAAUGUUGCUAUAAAGGUGGUCGACAGGAAGAAGGCUCCCCCGGACUUUGUGAAUAAAUUCCUGCCAAGGGAGUUGGCCAUCUUGAGAGGGAUCAAACACCCUCACAUUGUUCAGGUCUAUGAGUUCAUUGAGGUUUGCAAUGGGAAGCUCUACAUUGUCAUGGAGCAGGCUGCCACCGAUCUCCUGCAGUUGAUUCAGCACAGAGGCCACAUUCCAUGCAACGAAGGCCGCCACCUCUUCUCCCAGAUCGCCUGCGCAGUCAAGUACCUUCACGAGCACGAAAUUGUCCAUCGUGACCUCAAGUGUGAGAACAUCUUGCUGACCGAAGAGAUGCAGGUAAAGAUCACAGACUUUGGAUUCGGGAAGAAACUUCACGGCCACCCUGACCUCAGCAGCACCUACUGCGGCUCAGCUGCCUACGCCCCCCCCGAGGUCCUCAUGGGCGUGCCUUAUGACCCCAAGAAGUACGACAUCUGGAGCCUGGGGAUCAUCCUCUACGUGAUCGUGACCGGUUGCAUGCCAUUUGAUGACUCCAACAUCAGCAAGUUGCCCAAGAGCCAGCAGAAGGGGGUGGUUUACCCCGAAAGCAUCCAACUAGAGGAAAAAUGCCAGGCACUGAUCAGAGAGCUGCUGCAGUUCUGCCCCUCAGGACGGCCGUUGGCCAGCCAAAUCAUCAAGCACGCCUGGAUCAGAGAGAACAAGUAGGAGCACAGCCCCGAGGGCAGCCACUGUUAAUUUCCGCGUAGUGUUACCAUAACGACCUAUCUAAACCAUUCUCAAUUAAACCUUUGAAAGUGAACAAACUUAUUUUGUAAGUUGUAAUUAAACUUUGAUUGCACACACCGCUUCCCAAGGAACGGUAGAGUGGACUCCGGGCUUUCUUCCCACAGAUCCUCAUUGCCGUGGCAGUACGGUGGUGUAGCUGGUAGAGCUGCUGCCUCACAGCGCCAGAGACCCAGGUUCGAUCCUGACUAGUGGGUGCUGUCUGUGUGGAGUUUGUACAUUCGCCCUGUGACGGUGUGGGUUUCCUCCAGGUGCUCUGGUUUCCUCCCACAUCCCAAAGAUGUGCAGGUUUGUAGGUUAGUUAGCCUCUGGAAAUUGUUCCUGUGUUCAGGGAGUGGUGGGAUGACAUAAAACUAAUGUGAACAGAUGGUCAGUGUAGAUUCUAUGGGCCGUAUGGCCUGUUUCCACGCCGUUUCUCUGAACUAAAUUCUAAACCAUCUCCUUCUCUCCAUCGUGAAAGAAGGAACUGCAGAUGCUGGUUUAAACCGAGACACUAAAAGCUGGAGUAACUCACCGGGACAGGCAACAUCUCUUGAGAGAAGGGUGAUGUUUUGGGUCAAGACCCUUCUUCAGACCAUCUCGA